AUGGAAAAUUGUGCUAUCUUCGAAGUGGCUUCGUUUGUGUGGUUAUUGUUAAUUGGCUUUGUAUCUGCUAAUACACCUCAACCUGCCGAUUUGUAUCACGUAGGAAGAAGUUCUCAAGACGUGUACAAGAAGGGAUAUUGGGAUAAUAGUGAUUUUUGUCAUCUCCAGGCGAAAUCAGGAAUUUGUCGAGCCGGGAUUAGUAAAUUCUAUUACGAUGUUAACAAGGGAUACUGCAAGGAGUUCGCUUAUGGUGGAUGUGGAGGGAACGCCAAUAGAUUCGACUCGGAGCACUCCUGUUACGAAAGAUGUAGAGGCGCUGAAGUAAUUUCAAACCCGUUUAUACUAGAUGAUGAGUUUUCAACGUGCGAGUGGCAGCCUAAUCCGGGGAAUUGUUAUGCUUUAAUACCACAGUACUAUUACGACGUGAACGCUAAUGCUUGCAAGUUGUUCACGUACGGAGGCUGUGGAGGCAACGCUAAUCGGUUCCCAGACGAAGAAUCCUGUAUUCGAAAAUGUAUCCAAUACCGUCACACAAAGAAGUAUUAA